UGUGAAUGUAGUAUGAAUAUAUAAUUCCUGGGAUAAAUAAUUAUAUAACUGAAUAAAACUGGCGGUGUUGACGUUAUUCUAGCACAUGCAUCCGUUGGGUACAGUACAGCAGCUGCUGCUACUUUUGUUCUCGAAAAAAUCCAGAUAUUUGAUUAAACGUUUGGACAACAUUUCGUAGUACACUGGAUUUAUAUUUUGUAUUCCAUAAUUUCGAAGUGUAUAUAAAAUCAACUGUCUUGUCGAUUUCACAACCUUUGUGUGGUCUUUAACAACUUCAAAGCGCUGAAUGUUGCUGUAUUUAUUCAAAUUAAAUAAUUAUAUAAAAGAUUCGGGUAAGUUUAAGCAUUUUUUUGAAAUCAAUUUAUCAAGAGUAUAUAGUGUUUUAUAUAAAUCUCAAGUCUAAAAGCAUUCGGAACGAAAUAACGAUUGACGUAAUGGAAAUAUACGUAUAGUACUAUAAAAGCCCCCAUAAACUCAGUUCCAAUGUGCAUUCACUUGUUGUGAUAUUUUCUACUCGUUUCAAGCAAUAUUCUAUCUGUUUUCACUUAUUUAGAACUCGUGCUUGGCCGGACAAGUCGUAAUUAUGAACAGCCAACAAGAGACGCAGUAUCCUGUUGUCAUAAUCGGUAAAAAAAUGCUUAGUCUAUAAGGCUUUGAAAAAUAACGUUUAGACUACUAUUUCCCACGAAAUAAUGCCCCUGAAAUAUACUGGGAACCUUUAGUAUCAUAUAGAUAGUUUGCUUCCGAAGUAUCGUAAAGUUUUGUUUCAUUUUAAACGAAAGUUUUAAGUUCUAAUGGCAAAAGGCCUGUCAAGUGUCAGCCACGCAAUUCAAAUAUUGCAACAAGACUAACAAGCGACGCCGCGUCCUACAGUAAUGCUCAUUAAAAACACAUGUGUUGGAUAAAAAUGCUCUAUAUUCGUUUGUACUUCAGACAUUUUCAAUUUCGACAAAAUUGCGCGACUAUUAUUGAAUGUUGCAAGCAAAUAUUACAUGUUAUGUAAUAAUGCUCUGUAAUUGGCAUUUGGAAUUCGGAAUUGCGACAUUAAUUACAGCAAAAUUGUAAUGAAUUGCACACUGUAACAGCAAAAUUGCAACCUACAGUAUAAAAGCUUUGACCUGUUUGGCCUAUGUUGCAAUACAGCAGGUUGCUUUCAUGUUAUUUUAUAUUUUAGUGUACCUCUCUUUUACCAAAUUACAAGUUUCCUGGCUGAUACAUUGCAUAUUUGUGGGGGCGGAAACAUGCUUCCCUAGAUAAUUAAGUGGGGUAUUAAUACCAAUGCAAAGUAAACAACUUUAUUAAAAUGAAGAGAAAUUUGAAGAGAAAAGCAAUAUAUUUUUGACAGCUGCUGUCUUGGACUAUUAGGUAAACUGUGCUAAGAAUUCUCCCUCGAUCACCUGAAAUUUUAAUAAUUUUAUCUGGCAGGCAGAGAUUAAAGGCUUAGUUACUCACUACAUGUGCCAUGAGAUAGCACAGCCUUAAUACCUAUCUUGUGAUUGUUAGCUAGCUCAUGAUUGGCUCGAUUCUAAGAGGGGCUUAUUUUUGUUAAAAUUUUAGGUAAUGGACCAUCUGGGAUAUCCUUAUCCAAUAUCUUGUCAGGAAAUUUUCCCUAUUUCAAUGGCAAGGUUCCACAAUGUCCACAACCUCACGAAAGCUUUCUUUAUGAAAAGUGCAGACGAAACAUGGAAUUGUCAUUUGUUGAACAGGUUUGCAAGAUAAUAAAGCUUUACUUAUGCUGGACAGUUCUGUUCUGAACUGUUCUCCCUAAAGGUCCAGUAAGGUUCAUCAGUUUUUGCUACAGUCUUACUACUGGCUGAAACUGGACGACCCAGAGAAAAUCUGCACUGUUUGGUAGAGGAAAUCGUCCCUUGCAAUUGUGGUGAAAUACAGGGUAUCCCCAAAAAAAUGUCCCCUAUCAUAUUUUGUGGUAAUACAUCGUUACCUGUAAUCAAAUUUUCAAAUUUUUCAUUUUUUUUUAUCAAUGAAAAUAUUACGUUAAUCAUUGCAUUUUUUUGCAUCAAAAUAUUUAACCAUUCGCCUUCUAGAGUUACUUAAGGUGGCAACACCAAUAUUGCCACUUGUCCAAAUUGUGGAUAUUUAUAGGUUUAAACAUAUUACAGAACAUAAUAAAAUAUUUUAUAUUUUCUGUAAAAAUGAAGCAAUCCCCAGGAAAGGGGAAAGAUUAGUGCUGAAAUCCCAACAUUUGCUCUUUCAUGGAACAAAUUGAACGGAAAACAGCAAAUUUAAGGCAUUUUCCCAACCUUAGCUUUGCCUUUGUCAAUUUGCCAGGGAUUUUUCAUCUUUUUUAUUAAUCUCUACAAGAAACAAAAGUUUAAUAAUAGAGAUAAAAAACAUUUUGUUUUUGAGCAGAAAGGUGGCUAGAAACUUUAGAAAUCCUUCUACAAAGUUUGCAUUAUUUUUAACCUAAUUUCUGUAAUUUGGACUGGUUGCAAAAUUGGUGUCGCCACCUUAAGUAUCUCUAGAAGCCGAACAGUUAAGUCUUUUGGUGAGAUAAAUACUACUUACGAUUAAUAUAAUAUGAUUGUUUUUCAACCCACUGCAAAAAAAUUGAACCUUUGAUUAAAUAUAGCGAAGUAAUACCACCAAAUAUGACAGGGGACAUUUUUUGGGGGACACCCUGUAUAGUCAGAUAACUGCAUAUUGCAGGCAUCAAACUUUGCAUGGUCACAGAGAUACAAAACUACGAUUACACCAACCAUUGCGCCCCCAUGGUGUAUUCACUGCAUGAUAUUAUAUGUCCCAAUAACUCGCCAUGAAAGUGUACUGUUCUUGUAUUAUUCUGACUUCAAGCAUUUUUCCCGCUAGGAUCUUGAAUACUUGAGCGAAGGUCUACAAGGGAGAUCAACCAAUCCUGUUGCAUUACUAUUUGACCAUCUCAACCAACCCAAUGCUGACACAGGUUUACACGAAGAAUCUACACUCACAUGGCGGCAUUGUCGUGACUGGCGUACUCACCAUCUCGUUGUUGGGCGUGGCCAUUCAGGAGGCAGUUGGCAUCUAAUGCAAGGAUCGCAGCUUACUGUCAGCCUUAAUAAUUGGCUUGACUUGCCAGGCUGGACGUUCCGUGAGUGGCUUGAACAACAUCAUAAAAAAAUCAAGAAAGCAUCAUCUUGUUGCCAGCUUGCAAGGGACAGCGUAGUCGGCAAAGGAAAUUUGUACGACCGUGCUUCCACUUCACAUGUUGCUGAAUACUAUGAAAAUUACGUCAGCGAACGAGGAUUGGAAAAGCACUUUGAGAAUAAUAUCAAAAUUAAAUCCGUCAAGCGGAAGGGCACCGUUUGGGAAAUUUGCGGCAACAGGAAAGUGAAGAGCAGAUUUUCUUCACACAAGAAACCUUUUCGAGUGCUUGCCGAGAAUGUGGUGCUCGCAAGUGGCUUAUCCAAACCUAAAAAACUUUCUAUUGAUGGCGAGGGUCUACCAUUCGUCCACCAUCAUGUGAGGAAAGUCAUACAGUUGACAAAACCCGAAAGCAAAUCAAAGAAAAUUAAAAAGCCGGUGUUGGUUGUUGGCGAUGGACUCAGCGCUGCCGACACUGUGUUAGAACUUGUCUCCAACGAAAUACCGGUCAUCCACAUUUUACGUCAUGACCUUAAUGACGAAGAACUUGUUUUAAACAAGAUGCCGACACAGGUAUACCAUGACUAUGCCAAGGUGAAAGAUAUGAUGACAAAGCCAGUUUUUACAGCACAAGGGGACUGUCUUUACCAGGCUUAUUUCAAAUGCCAGCUAUUGUCUAUUUCUAAACACAAAGAAUGCAAACUUAAAAUGCAAGAUGGUAAAUGUCAAACACUCUCAGUCUCGGCCGUUUUCAUUUUGAUCGGCACAAGACCAGAACUCUCGUUUCUCCAAGAUGUCCCAGCCUUGGGCGUCAACCCCACCCAGGACAUUGACUGUCGACACAACCCAAUCGAUGUGGACCCUUAUUCAUACGAAUGCAAACGAGUUAAGAAUCUUUUUGCCAUGGGACCCCUGGUCGGCGACAAUUUUGUGCGAUUCGGCAUUGGAGGAGCAUUGGGAAUUGCUAAUCAUUUACACAAAUCUUCCAGGCGGUGAUAAAAUGAUAACAAUUCGAUAAUUUAGCUAUGUAUGGUUUGUAGAAUUAAUAAUAAACAGAGCGCUGUCGUAGUUGUGAUUAAAUUAUAUAUAAAUGGUUAUAGACGUGCGCAUAAAUUUAAAAUAUAUAUAUAAGUUUGUGCGCUUUGGUUAAUUAUAGUAAUAGAUUAUCAAUUAGAACGAUAUAUUAAUAUACGUACAAACAAUAAUUAGCUAAUUGGUAAACAUUAGUCAUGGCUAAUUAAUAAACUAAACUUUUACUUGAUCAAAGAUGAUUCCUGGACUGGGCAUUUAAACAUUAAUCCAUUUCUCAAUAUUUAAGUUGUAUCACACAUAUUAUAUUUAAUAUUUAUAUUGUCUGAGUAAAACUCAUUUGUACCAACAUAUAAAGCAUAAUUGUACCAACAUAUAAAAUCAUUGUACCAACAAGUAUUAAAACUAUUGACGUACCCAGUAUUUGUACUGAAAAAAGUAAAAAUAUAUACCUUGACCUUGUCUCAC